CUCUAAAAACCUUGAACCUUUUCUCUACUCAUCUCCAACUUAUUUAUCUUCUUCUUCUUCUUCUUCAUCUUCUUUUUCUCAUCAGAAAAAGAUCAUGAGUAGUGAUCAAUACGUUAAUAUUGUAGAGAGGGUUGUGAACAGUCUCGGGAAAGGCUUCGAUUUGACCUCGGAUUUCAGGCUCAAAUACUGCAAAGGCAAAGAGAGGCUAGUCCUGCUCAGCGACGCCGACAGGAGAGAUCUCGCCGUGCCUGGCUUCGGAGCAGUCACUGGUGUUUCCCCCGACAUAAAAUGCGACAAAGGCGAUCGGGUUCGGUACCAAUCCGAUAUUCUCGACUUCACUCAGAUGUCGGAAAUUUUCAACCGAAAGUCAUCGGUUCCGGGGAAAAUUCCGUCCGGCUUGUUCAACGCAGUGUUCGGGUUCCAAAGUGGAUCUUGGGUGACUGAUGCAGCCAGUGUUAAGAGCUUGGCUCUUGAUGGGUGCUUCAUAACUCUGUUCAGUGUUCAUAUCGACCGGUAUCCGCUUGUUCUCUCCGACGAAGUCCGAGACGCUGUUCCUUCUUCUUGGGAUCCUGGUGCUCUUGCAAGAUUUAUAGAGAAAUAUGGGACUCACAUAGUAGUAGGAUUGAGCAUUGGUGGUCAAGAUGCGGUGUUAGUUAAGCAAGAUACAUCUUCUGACUUGGGACCCUCUGACCUCAAAAAACACUUGGAUGAGCUUGGAGAUCAGCUCUUUAAUGGAGCAUGUAACUUCUCUCCAUUUCUCUCUAAAACCAAGGAGAACAAACAAAAGGCACCGCGGGCAUUUAAUGUGUUCGAUCCUCGUUCCAUUGCUGUUACUAGCUUCACGUCCAUAAACACAAAAGAUGGAAUUACUGUGAUAUGUUCAAAAAGGGGAGGGGAUCCAUCAACCAGUAGCCAUUGCGAGUGGCUUCUAACGGUUCCAUCAAUGCCAGAUGCAAUUGAUUUCACCUUCAUUCCCAUCACUUCUCUUCUUAAAGGCGUUCUGGGAAAAGGCUUCUUGUCUCAUGCCAUGAAUCUCUAUCUUCGAUACAAGCCUCCUAUAGCUGAUUUAGAGUACUUUCUAGACUUUCAAUCACACAAGGCUUGGGCACCCAUUUACAACGAUCUUCCUCUGGGGUCCACAACAAACAGGGCUACCAAAUCACCAGCAAUCCGCUUCAACAUCAUGGGUCCCAAGUUGUAUGUAAACACUAAUCAGGUUAUUGUUGGAAAAAGGCCAGUCACUGGAAUGCGCUUCUAUCUUGAGGGCAUGAAAUCCAAUAGGCUAGCCAUUCACCUCCAGCACCUAACAGACCGUCCAAUUAUGUUCCAAAACAAGAUUGAAGACACAACAACAUGGCGCGCAUCGGAAGACAUAGCCGAUCAUGAUCAGUACUUGGAACCUAUCCACGGGAAGAAGUUCUCCCACAUUUGUACAGUACCUAUAAAAUAUGACACCCAAUGGAUCACCGAGAAAAAGGCGGCUUUCAUCGUCACCGGAGCUCAACUCCUUGUGAAGAAACAACAAUCGAAAAGUGUUCUUCAUCUUCGCCUCUUGUUCUCCAGGGUCCCGGAUUGUGCUGUCGUUCAAUCUAGCUGGAGGGAAUGCUCUUCGACAUUUUCUCAGAAGUCCGGCUUUUUCUCUGCCAUAAGUAUGACGUUCUCAGGUAGCAAUCAAAUAGUCAAAGAGAAAGAACCAGCCGUAAUUGUGGAUUCCGCCGUCUACCCGACGGGGCCUCCGGUUUCCCAGCACGCGCAAAAGCUUCUCAAGUUUGUUGACACAUCACAAUUAUGUAGUGGACCACAGGACAGUCCCGGGCAUUGGUUAGUCACUGGUGCUAGAUUGUCCUUGGAGAAGGGCAAGAUAGGUUUGCAUGUAAAAUUCUCCUUGUUAAACUUCUCUAAGAAAAUUUGGUCAUAAAUCAUAAUCAAAGGAAUAAAAAAAAAAUUAGAAAAAGUCUUAAACA